ACGAAACAAGAUAUUUUGAGAGUAAUUAUAAAAGAUAUAUGUUAUAGGUCAGUUACGCAGUUCUUCCAAGUCUUCAGAAGAACAGUAUUUUACCAUUACAAAAGCUUCGAUAUACAGAGAUACGUUUAAGCGAACUCGCAAUGAAUGAUAUGGAAAACAUAAUAAUAUUUAUUUUACAUAUAUUUUUAUUGGCUACUGUUCACGUUGACGGUAAACCGUGUUCAAACUCCAGUUCAGAAUGUCAGCAAGUAAGGAUGCCUCUGGUGUCAAACAAACUUAAUGCCCAAUUGGUCGCCGAACUUGAUGUCACGUCAAUGAACAAUCAAUUGAAAACGUACAUCCGUGAUGACAUUAAAUCCACUUUAUCUGAGGAUAUCAAAGCCCUGGUGAAAAAGGAGCAAGAUGAUACAAAGUUCUCGAUGUUACAGGAUUACUCGUCUAAACUGAAUAAGACAAAAAAAGAAUAUGACAAUCACAUUUCGGAAGUAGUUCAAAGUCUUGAAGCAAAACAAAGUGAGCUACAGCUUGAAAUAUCUGAUGUUAACAAAAGUAUAAGUGAAAGUGAAUCAACCUUCAAUACGGAAAUAACAGCUUUGUUGAGUGGGUUUGAACAAAGACAAGAACGUUUAAAAUUAGCAAUGAUAUCGGAAUAUACAUUUAAAAUUCGACAAUCUGAAGAUGCUAACAACCAAAACUUUAUUGAUCUUGCGAGUGAACAGAAAUCUCAAUUUGCUGAUUUGUCACGAGAAUUGAAAGAGGAAUUUAUGAAAAGUACUACUAACCUGCAAACUCAAAAGAAGGAAUUAGAAGAAUGGAAAACAAAUGUGAUGGCAAUGCUAAAAGGUGCAUUUGCUUCUUUACAAUAUAAGGACUGCAGCUACAUGAAAGGACAACAACGGGAGAGUGGAGUAUAUACCAUAUACCCGGAAUAUACAAAUGGAAUCAAAGCCUACUGUGAUAUGUCCACUGAUGGAGGUGGAUGGACAGUAAUACAAAGAAGAGUAAAUGGAACAACAGACUUCGAAAGAAACUGGGUCGAUUAUAGGGAAGGCUUUGGUGAUCCACAGAAAGAAUACUGGCUUGGUAACAAAUAUUUAAACAUUCUUACGACUAAUGGUAAAUAUGAACUAAGAGUAGAUCUAAAGGACACAUACAACUGGAUGACGUAUGCUUUGUACAAGACAUUUAGUGUUAGUGACGAGAAUUCACAAUACAAGCUCACAAUUGGGGGAUAUAGUGGAACACUAGAUAAUGGGAUGGCAUACAACAAUGGUAGGAAAUUCACCACAAAGGAUCGUGAUCAUGAUAACUCUGGAGAAAACUGUGCUAUAAAACGUGGCGCUUGGUGGCAUGGAGUCUGUAGUCCUGCACAACUGAACAUCGACAUGACAAAGAAAAAACUAUAUUGGUACAGAUAUGAUUUUAUCACGUCAAGUAUGAUGAUCAGAAAAAUUAUGUAAAGAGAAUGUUUUCCGUUACAUUUAAAUGCCGAUCAAUAUAAAAAUUUAAUUACGUUAUGAUAAAACAAACGUGAUUUGCAUAUUUGUUAUAAGUGUGUCAAAUUAUUUAUAAUGUUCAGAAAACUGCGUGAAAAAUGAAUGAACAAAAUUAUAAUAAAGUAAGUAUAAGAAACA